UUGUUCUGAACACUUCUUUUUCAUGAAACUAACUUCUCAAGAUAGCGAACGAGUGUCUUGUCCUCAAGCUUUUAACGUACGAUAAUUAUUUGAGAUAAAUUCUAUUAAAAACGAAGAUAAAUAUCGAAGCCAGUUCAUGUAUGUUGGAGAUCCAGUAAAAGUGAUUUGAUACCCAUGGUCCAGGCCAAAGAGAUGCAAUCUUUAUUCUAGUCAAGAAGAACCUGUGCAAAAAAUAAUUAACGAUGGUGUCCAAAAGUGACUACAACCUUCUGCAGUCUAUAGUUGAUGUCGUUGGAUUCAUUGUGAUAGCCCUAGGUAUUAUAGCGCAAAGUAUAGUACGCGCAUGUCUUCCUAAAUCCUAUAGGAAGUUCAAGAACCUCAAUGGACAGAAUGUGCUCAUCACUGGAGGAGGGGGUGGCCUUGGCAGACUACUAGCCUUGAGGAUGGCUAAUCAAGGGGCUAAAAUAAUAGUAUGGGAUGUAAACCAAGAAGGUAUUGAAGAAACCUUGAAGCAAGUCAAAGCGCAAGGCGGAACAAUCCACGGCCUCAAAUGUGACCUUUCCAAAAACGAAGAUGUCUACAGGGUGGCUAAACUGACCAAGGAAGAAUUCGGAGAUAUUGACAUCCUGAUAAACAAUGCCGGAGUGCUAUCUGGUAAAUUCCUUUUGGACACACCUGAUCGUCUGAUCCAGUUAACCUUCGAUGUUAACAUCCUUGCACACUUCUGGACUGUCAAAGCCUUCCUUCCCGCCAUGAUCUCCAGAAAUAAGGGACACAUCAUCACCAUAGCCUCCAUGGCUGGUCAUGUGGGCGUCAGUAAACUGGUGGACUAUUGUGCCUCCAAAUACGCUGCCGUUGGUUUCGACGAAUCUUUGAGGAUGGAGUUGGAAGAUCAGGGAGUUACUGGGGUUAAGACGACAGCUGUUUGUCCAUACUUCAUACAAUCGACGGGGAUGUUCGGAAACGUUCAUUCAAGAUUUCUGUCGACGUUGAAACUGUCUGACGUAGCUGACAGGAUCGUGGAGGCUAUCCAGAGAGAAGAAGAGCAGGUUAUGAUUCCGUCAGUGUUGAGGUUGACGAUCUUAUUGAAAUUAGUGAUGCCUUGGCCGGUAGUAUCAAUGUUCAUGAGAGGCCUAGUACCUGACGCUGCUCCAGAAGAACCAACUAACAAACUGAACAAUAAUAUGGUGAAACCUACCUCUAAAGAGGCUGUGAAUGUAAAAAACGACUAAAUAAGUGAAUAGUUGUUAAGUGAGAGAGGAAUGGUAUUUUUGUAAUUUUUUAACAAAGUGUUUGGUAAUGAGAGUUCGUUAUGCAUUAAGUUUUAUUAUGGAUAUGUUUUAACCUGACCUUGUGAUUGAAAGAAGAAUAUAUGAAGAAAAGAAGAA